AUGCUAUCUCUAGAAGACCUUCCGGUGCCUACUGUAGAGAAGCAGGUUGACAUUGGUAGAGAGAUUGUCAUUCCAUGGAUUCAUCGAGAGCUCGCCUUGGGCACUGGCUUCUCAUCGAAACUUGUAUCUACACCAAAUCCCUGGAUCACCGCCAAAUCUCCCUUUAACAUUGAAGAACUUAGAAAGCAGCGACUGCUUUAUGACGGCAAAGUGGAGGGCAGACACAACUUUCGCGAUGCUGAGUCCACCUCUCACUCGACUGGCAUGGAGCAUACGAGUGGCAGUUUGGGAGUAACAGUUGGAUGCUCAUUCCUGAGUGCAAGCGUGACAGGGUCGUAUGACAAGACAGUCCUAGAGACCAAAGAUACGUAUAGCGUGUCGCGCACCUGUUUGGUCCGCGGCGGAGUCAUAAGGUUCAAAGCAGAGCCUCGUCUGUCGUAUGAAGCAGAGAUGCUGCUGAGAGAAUCCAAUGGCCAAGCCAAAUUCCAGGAAGUCUACGGGGACUACUACGUCUCGUGCUACAUCCUGGGAGCGGAUGCAGGUGUUUACGUGGCUACAAGUGACGACACUGUGGAUACUAAAACGAAGGAAAAGGUGACUGUGAAAGUCAAGGUCCUGUUUUUCACGGCCAGCAAAACCUUUGAGAAAGAAGAGUCGACACACGACGAGAUUUUUCAGGUGACCAUGAGCGGUUACGACACACUGACCAACACUUGCCACGGUUACCCGCCUAAGAAGGAGGGCUUGGAAAAGGCUUCUCAGGCUCAGUUCAAUGAGGUGAGAAGACAGAGCAUAGGAUAUCUUCAGAAUGUAGAUAAACUGCCUUUCCGUGUCGGUGAGCGGAUGCAGGAGUUGGGGCUAGUCAAUGACCGGGAUGAGUUGGAGUGGCGUCAUUGUUUAGAUAUAUGUCGGGCUGGAUUAGUAGUCCAGGUGAUUCUGAUGCCAUAUCGUUAUUUGAGAGACUAUCAGAUAGCGGUAUACAGGAAUUAG